AUGACUCAAGUGAACAACUUUCAACCAACGAAAGAGCGACUGCAGGCGAGCAGCGUUCUCUCCAGCGCUCGAUCGUGGGGCGUCAAGAUCUUGUCUGUAGACCACGCUCUGUUAUAUUUGAGGAAGCUGACCAAAGAAAGGAGCAUCGCUAAACAGUGCCCUCCUGUCGUGAAAGCUACAACUCUGAAUACUCCCCAUCUGAAAAUCGAAGACGUCAGCAGGAAAUACAAGCCUUUGUUUACGCUGUACGCCACUUUCCCCGCUGUGUGCCGCCUGAGCAGAAGUGCUCCCCUCCAGUCCCUCCCUCCUCCUCCCUGGUUCGAACAGUGGGCAGAGCAGCAAGAGAACCAAACCAGCCAAAAGAAAGCGGAAAGCUCCCCUCAGGACAAGUUCCAAACAUCUUAUAACCUACCUUGGCUUAUCGGGAGGAGGAAAUCUUCUUACUGCGAAUGCUGCCGACAAGUCUUCACCAGUCUGAAAGAGCACUUAGAGUCCGAACAGCACCACAGAUUUGCGAUGGAUCAGUCAAACUACAGCACGGUGGAUCAGGUAGUGGCUGGAAUGCCUCCUGCGUUCGAUUCCACUGUGUCUCACCUCUCAGAAGAAGCUCUCAAGACCGCCGACCCCUCUGCCUGUUGA